CUUUGGUUGGGCACCUAUUGCGGCGCGUCCCAGGUGGUGGAUAGGGUACGCCACAGUUAUCUUCUGUGGUUAAGUAGGUCAUAGCCUUGGUAAAAGCCUACUCGCGAACCAGCCUAGUUCUCGUCAACCAACAACUAUGGUAGGGGGAACAACAUGUAGUGCAGUGUUACUGCACGCGUGCCGUAACUGCCAUAAUUGCUGGCAGUGACCCAUAUCCACUUCGGUGGAAGGCGAGAAGCCACUCGUAUUAGUAGGUCAUGUCUCUGCUAAUACGAAUGGAGUAAACAUGGACUCACGGGGAGAAGGCCACUUCCUUAUAUCAAAGGCUACCAAUCCAAGGUGGAACAGCAUACGCCGAGGGAUGCAUGGCUUAGGGUGAGCUAAGUCGCUAGUAUGCGGACUCUGGGGCACCUGUCGCACCCCAGUUUAAAUUCGACUUACCACGGCAUAGGGCUCUGCCGUGGCGAACCCCAUUAUUUCCCUACGAAUAUCUCUGGUUACGACUGCUGACUCGUCAGCUGAGUGACCGCCCCGCAAAAAUGAACAAAACUAACAUAAAACAAACAACACAACAAAAAAUUCCUUCCCGACGCGGAAGACCCGUUGGCUCCACCAAACUUAUGGCGGGGUCAAAAACCACCCCUUCGGUGGCUAAAGUGCUCACUAAGAGCAAGACCGUCAAGGAGACACCACCGCACUCCCAGGUGGCUUCUACUUCCUCCAAAACCGACUCGGGUGCGGAGAACCCAUUGAUCACCAAAUCUGUUUUGCCAGAAACUGGGAAAACAAGUCGGACAGAAGUCUCCAGAAAACCUAUCCCUCCUCAUCUCCGUCGAUACAGAGAUCGAAGACGCGCCACUUUCCUUACGGAAAAGUUCGGCAAAACCCCUGAGGAGGAGCUGUCCGACCAACAAAAGUCAACUCUCGGUUGGGCCCGGGAAUUUCUUCGGAAGUAUGAGGCGUCCAAAGAGAAACCGAGUGCAGCUAAGCGGCAGCGGUCUUCAGAGGAUCCUUCUAGCUCCAACGACCCCAAGAAGCAUAAAGCUUCCUCUGAGGUCAAAUUACGCAAGUUCUGCGAAGUUGCCAGAGAUAGUCUGGUCAUGGCGGUGGUGGAUAAGAGCCACCCUGACGGUUUCAUCUCUCCAUCAAACUGGAAGAUUGUGGAGAGAAAACUCCAGUUGGGAUACCUGGACGUUCUGAAGCAGAACCCAGGGCCUCCUCCUUUCUGCUCUGACGCGGGAUGGUUCCAGGCAAGGGUCAAGUUGAUCGCGUGCUCGGAUCAACGUUCGGUCAGCCUGUACGGCAAGGCCCUCGACCGACUCGGCGAGGUAUGGCCCGGAGCGAAUCUCCAACUCAUCAAAAAGAGUGAAAUUCCCAACAAACCCCGCGGCAGAGCAAGAAUACCUGUAGAGCCAUCCGAUCCGGAAACCAUCCUGGAGCUACUGAAGAUCGGAAACCCGAACCUACCCACCGAAAACUGGAGGGUAGUUAAGGUGGAAGAGCCUUCAGGAAACUCCAGACAUGUCACGCUGCUCCUGGACCAGGAAAGCGUUCAAGCACUGGACGACCGCAAGGGGAUUGUGGCAUUCGGGUUCACUACCACUACCAUUUGGACCUAUCAGCCGAAAAAUCUCCUCGCACCCAGCGAAGAGAGUACGGCGGCCCCCGAGAUGGAUGUCGAUAAGCCUCUCUCACAAGAUUCGACGAUUGAGUCCGACUCGGAAUCAAACAGCGAACUUGUGGGAAACUUAUUUAACAUUCAACUCGGGGACGAGGAUAGUCUUUUAGAUAGCGGUGAUGACGCGAACGCCACAGUCAUCGAAUGUCCGUCUAAAAGUGCUGCAGAUUAAUCUGCACCACUCUAAGGCUGCCUCGGCAGCCCUCAUUCUUCGUCUCUCUGACCUCAGAGAAGACAUCAUUCUCAUCCAAGAACCUUGGAUAUCAAACAACAAGAUAUGCGGCCUGAAAGAUAGGCACUACACCUUGUUUCAAGCAAUGCUGACACCACUGCCAUAGAGGUUGAAGCUGUCCACGGCCCGAUUUGGAUUGUGUCGGCUUACAUGCCUUACGACGCAGCGGAGGCGCCUCCUCCUGAAGCAGUGAGAAGGCUCGUCAAUACGGCGCAUCUGAUCCAGAAACGCGUCAUUAUUGGAGCAGACGCUAAUGCACAUAAUACUGUUUGGGGCAGUACAAACAACAACACACGAGGUGAGCAACUUUUUGAUUAUAUUCUAGCGAAUAAGCUUGAUAUAUGUAAUAGAGGUGAUGUCCCUACGUUUCUUAACUCGUCUAGAAGAGAGGUACUCGAUAUUACUCUUGCUAGCGAAUCAUGUACACAACUGGUGCAGGACUGGAGCGUUGAUAAACAGCACUCUUUUUCCGACCACCAAUAUAUAACAUUCACUUUAAAAGCCGAAACGGCAAAACCCAUGAAGUACCUUAACAAAAAGCGUAUGAAUUGGAUCAAAUAUAAAGAACAUCUUGCCAAUGGACUUCCUGAUAUCAGGCAGUUUGAAAUGGCAAAUAAAAACGAUAUCGAAAACGCUGUCAACAUGAUAACGAAGACGUGUCAAAGCGCAGCACGACAAUCUUGUCCCCUGACAAAAACAGGAGGUAAGCAUAAACCUUUUUGGUGGACUCCAGAAAUCUCAGAACUUCGCAAUCGAACUCGGAAACUCUUUAACCAAUCUAAAAUAACAGACGAAUGGGAAGAAUAUCGACAAUGUCUCAAAGACUUUAAGAAAGCUGUCAGAAGUGCAAAACGCACAUCCUGGCGAUCAUACACUCAAGAAUUAGAAAACACCUCAGAAGUAAGCAGACUA